CAAAUAAAGUGCUCGCAUCCAAAUAUGCCGAUGCAGUUGAAUCUGAUUUUUUUUCUCUUUAAAUUGGAUUUCUACUACUAAUACUACUUCAGAUGAAGUCUUAACAAAUCCGUGCAUCCAUAAAUUAUAAAUUUGUGUCCAACAGUCCAAAUUCAUGAUGAAAACUCCCUUUUCUUGCAUUAUUAAAAGCAGAGACUUCUUCUUGACCCCAUACUCGGAGCCCUUCUCCUUUUGGCGAUUUUCUCUCUCAAAAUUUUUAGACAUUUUAUACCCUGUUUGGCCAACCUUCUUUUUUGCUAAAAAUUUGUUUUUUUUUUUUUUUUGCCAAAAGUACUUUUGACAAAAAAUGAAAGUAUUUGGCCAAGCUUUUGGAAAGAAAACGGGGCUAUUAUUCUCUUCUUUUUAGAUCUGGGUCACCCUUUAUCUUCCUAAAAAGAUUCAAGAAGACCAAAGUCCUAAUUAGAUUUGAUAACACCAAUCCUCCCCCCCACCCCCACCCCCUCCCCCUCUCGCUCUGGCGAAGGUUCGUUUCUACACAUUUUGGAGGUCACGAAUACACCCAUUUUUUCAAAGUGGGUUUCUAUUCAGACUUGUCAAAUGUUUGGAGUUGAAGACUAAAGUUAAAUCAUGAUUGUUUUCACCUAGGAGAUACAUUUAUGGGUCACUCAUCAUCAGAGCAGAGGCUGUGUAGUGUGAGAUUUGUAUCGGUUGUGUUGGGUUUGUGUUUGGUUCUUUACAUUGUGAGACCACCAAGGCUGUGGCACAGCUCUACUCUUUUGGCUUCAUGUCCUCCUUGUUCUUGUGAUUGCUCUCAGGAUUCCAUCCUCUCUCUGCCUUUAGAUGUCUUCAACAAUUCAUUGGAAGACUGUGGUAAAGAUGAUCGUGAUAUGAAUGACGAGAUGAAGAAGGACAUUAUCAGUCUAUUGUCAGAGGAAAUUAACUUGCACAAAAAUGUCACCGAUGACAAUCUGGAACACACCAAUGCUCUAAUUAUGAGUGCAAAGAGAGCAUCUUCACAUUACCAAAAAGAGACGGAGAAAUGCAACAUGGGGAUGGAAGCAUGCGAGGGUGCUAGGGAAAUGGCUGAAGCUGCAUUGAUACAAGAGCGCAAGCUCUCGGCAUUGUGGGAGAUAAGAGCCAUUGAGCUGGGAUGGAAAGACAAGUGAAGACAGACUUUAUUCACGGAAAUUAACCAUUCAAAUUUUUUUCCUCUCGUACAAAUAUAGCUGGCAUGUGCGUGGAUGUGCACCCUAUUGACUAAAUUACUCCUCUGUGAAUACGGUUGCUUUUUUUGCCAAUCAGGCUUCAUUCUUUGUACUUGAAAUUGUAUUAAUUCCGGUUAAUAGGUUCAUUCAAGCUUUCUGAGUUUUCA